AUUUUAAUAUGUGUAAUACAACACAAAAUGAGUAAAAUCAUAAUAUUAUACGUAUGUUAAAUUUUCAAUGCACUAUUUUAUAUACGUAAAUCAUUUCGGUUGUACUUAACACUGUCGUUGCUUUGAUUUGUUAUUCAAAUAACGAGCGUAUUAACUUCACCGUACACCGUACUAACGUGUAAUAUCAUCGCGCGCCCCACACACAUGACGACGACACGUCGAUAUUAUUCUGUUCGUUUUUACUGCAGUCGUUGCUGUUGUUGACGUUAUCUUUACAAUUGAACGAAAGAGCCGCCGGUCGUCGCCGACAUCAUGUCAUCACCUGACUCCGUCAACGAGACGAAAUCUGACGUCCAAGUCCCGGAUCAUGAAGUAGAACAUUCUCCUUUUGUGGAAUUAAGUGAACAGUUCAAUUAUGCCCUGGAUAAUCUGGACAACAACCAAUUAAACACCCAGUUGACGUCUCAUACCCUGCCAUUGGGUUCUAAGACAUUCUGUGAUAUUCUGGCAUCAUUACAAACUCUGGUGUUAAGUCAAAACAAGAAAGAAGACGGAGAGGGUUAUGAAGAAAAUACCCUUCCAGUUCUUCAAGAUCUGGACAAAUUCAGUUUGACGUCAUAUUCUCUCAGCUAUUACAUUAGUCACUGUCUGCCCAAUGAACAGACUGUGCCCGUUUUGUCUUUGGUCAACAAGUCUACGACAAUGUGGAUAUCAAAAUUAUUUCAAUUUUCAAAUUGUGGGGCAUUUUAUACAGAAAAUAUGUUAUUAAGUUAUGAAAGAGUGUUACUGCUUGCUAUGCACCGUAUGUUUGGUCCAGAAUACUUAAAUCUAUCUGAAUUUCCAAUAGUUUACUGUACUCCAGAUCCAGUAUUGGUUGGUACGAUAAAGAGAACUGCUUUACAAAUUGGAAUGAAUGAAAAAUGUGUACAAAUUAUACCAUCUCUAUCAAAUGUACUGUGCCCUUACAAAGCAGACUUAGGGGCAUUAGAAACAAUCAUCACAACUGAUGUGGAAAACCACAGAAAACCUCUUAUUGUUUUUGCUAGAGCAGGUGCGCAUGUUACUGGUCAGAUGGAUGAUAUCGUAAACCUAAAAGAACUAUGCAGUAAACACAAUAUUUGGUUACACUUAUCUGGUGACAAUUUAUCGGGACUGGCUCUGAAAACAUUUAAAACUAAAAGUACUAAUUUAGCUGAUAGUAUGACAUUAACUCCAAGCAUUUGGUUGAAUAUUUCUGCACUUCCCGUUAUCACUUUAUUUGAUAAACAAUAUACUAGUACAGAAAUAUUGAAUAUUUACAAGAGUAAAUGUUUACCUAUUUGGACGUGUUUUCAAGUAAGUAUUAAUAGUUAAGUACUUUUUUA